AUGGAGGGAAGGGAAUCGAAUCGACUCGAAUCGGUUCGAAUCGACUCGAAUCGGUUCGAAUCGACUCGAAUCGGUUCGAAUCGGUUCGAAUCGGUUCGAAUCGACUCGAAUCGGUUCGAAUCGACUCGAAUCGGUUCGAAUCGACUCGAAUCGACUCGAAUCGACUCGAAUCGGUUCGAAUCGGUUCGAAUCGACUCGAAUCAAGCGGGUAGCUAA